CCCAGAAUGGAGAGGAAGGUGGAGCCUGCCCGAACAAACCAGUUUGACACGGAGAUGCUGCAAGCCAUGAUCCUGGCGUCGGCAAACGAGGCCGCUGAUGGCAACUCGACGCUCGGGGGGGGCACGGGCACCAUGGGGCUGAGCGCCCGCUACGGCCCCCAGUUCACCCUGCAGCACGUCCCCGAUUACCGGCAGAACGUCUACAUCCCGGGCAGCACCGCCACCCUCACCAACGCUGCCGGCAAGAGCAACGCCAAGGGGUCCUCGGGCGGGCAAAGCAAGAAGAAAUCCGGGAAGAAGGAGAAGGAGAAGAAGUAGAGAGGAGACCUCAGAGCGUCAGGGCAGCGCGCUCCAGCAACUCCCCCAAAACACAGGAGGACGAAUGUGGAUUUUGUUUUUAUUUUUAACGAUUUUUUCUUUUUUUUUUUUGGUGAUGCAAAAGUUAGGAAGCGCUGCGAAUGUAUCGUCAUCAUCAGAGCUAGGAGCAGGGUGUCUCUGCUGUUAGAUCUCAUGAUGAAAACCAAUCCGGAAAAUGAAAGCUAACGCAAACAAGUGCCCUGUUAAUACUAGCCAACGUUUUAUACGACCCCUCGGGUAUUAGAAUAUGCAAGGUGGAAGGGCUUCUGCCAUGUCUUUGGAUUUGAUUUGCUCCAAGAUUGUCCAAGAAAGGCACGAGGCUUGUGCUCGGCUUUGUCCAGUGUAAAUAAUUUUAACAGCGAUCUUUUAAUUUAUAGACCUUUGAUCAUUUUUGGAAAGAAAAAGCAACUUCCUAGCCUAGAACCCAUGCUCCAGAUUUUUUGCUCUUUAGCUUUCUUUUAGCGAAAUUCACCCUGAGCUAGUCAUAGCAGUGGAUUUGUUGGUAGGGAGUGCUUCGGUUCCUGUUUACCUGUUAUCUGAAAAAAAAAAAAAAGAAAAAAAGUAAGUGUUUAUAUUGCAUGAAUCAAAGG